AUGCCUCGUGAACAGCAAAAGAGAGGCCGUCGGGCCGAGAAGAAAGCUCAGAAAGAGGGUGAACCAAAGCGCAAGUUUGAUGAGGUGCCCGAAGAACCCGUCGCAAAGCGCAUAAAGCCCUCCGACAAUGUGGACGCCGACGGCGAUACCCACGUUACCUACGAUCAUGGCGCCGACUACAUUCCCCUCGACCAGGGUGACCAACAAUUUGGCCAGCAGGAUGAAGGCGAACAAAGAGAGUCUGAGGACAACGGUGACAUGCCUUUCUUCGGUUUGCUCGACGCCGACGAGUCAGAGUACUUCUCGCGCGCGAGCGAGAUCCUCGAAUCGAACCAAUUCGAGAAUGCCGAGGAGAAACACUUAUUUGUGGAGAGUGUAUAUCGGGAGGCCAACGGAAAGGAACUGAAGAUCGCCUGUAGUCAGGGCUGUUCAAGGCUCAUGGAGAAACUUAUUUCAAUGUCAGAUGUCCGACAGAUCCGACGCCUCUUCAGCAAGUUCAUUGGUAAUUUCCUUCACCUUGUGCAGCACCGAUUCGCCAGUCAUUGCUGUGAGACACUUUUCAUCAACGCGGCACCGGCAGUCAUGCAGAAGACAUCGAAGACCCAAGCGAAGAAGGACGAUAACGACGGAGAGGAAGCCGGAGACGACGAGCCGGAACUGUCUUUGUCAGAGAUGUUCAUGGCCGUAAUUAAGGAGUUGGAGGGAAAUUGGGGUUUUCUUCUGACCGAACGAUUCGCCUCGCACACGAUCCGAGUGCUUUUGUUGGUCCUUGCUGGAGAGCCAGUGGAUGUCGAAUCAAACGAUUCGAUUGUUUCCAGCCGCAAUAAGGAGAGACUAGGUCUCUCGGCAUUGAACACACAGGAGGAGAACAAGGAGGACAAGGAAAAGGCAGUUCCUAAGAAACGCAGUGUCCCAGAAUCCUUCGAACCCGCGCUCAAGAAGAUCAUGAAUGAUAUGGUUUUGGGUCUUGACGACGUCUAUCUGCGCGCUCUGGCCACACACCCCGUUGGAAACCCAGUCCUCCAGGUCAUGCUGACUCUUGAGCUCUCCCAUUUCGGCAAAUCUAGCGCCAAGGACCCAAAAUCUAUUUUGCGGAGAUUGCUCCCCGAUGAGAAUGUUGAGGAGGGUACCGAAAGCGCUAACUUCAUCCGUGGCUUACUUUAUGACCCUGUUGGUUCUCGUCUUGUGGAGACUAUGGUGCGCCAUAUGCCGGGCAAGGUGUUCAAAAACCUUUACAAGAACAACCUUCGUGAACGGAUCGGCUCUCUUGCUCGGAACCAAACAGCUGGCUAUGUUGUUCUGAAGACACUGGAGCGACUCGGAAAAGAUGACUUGAAGGAUGCCAUGGACCUUAUUAUCCCCGAAGUCAAGAGUUUGAUUGAUAGAUUCAGACUUAUUGUUCCUCGGACCUUGGUUGAGCGAUGUGUCAUUCGUAACGUUGACACAAAGCCCUUCGCCAAGGCACUGAAAGAAGCCUUUGAUGAGGACCCUGCCGCUCGCCUCCGCCAGAUGCUCCGACUGGACGCCACCGCCGAAGAAAUUCAAAACCACCAAACACACGAAGAACAGGAGAAUCAACAGACAGCUUACGAGGCUCACAUGGGACACAACGAGCACCGGAAAAAGACCUCGUCAACUCUUACUUCAGAAAAGCUACAUGGCUCUCUGUUCACACAGACCCUCUUGUCUGUUCCAGGACCUCUCAGUGACCUUGUCUACACCGGCUUGCUUGCCCAACCAUCCGAGACAAUUAUCCAGCUUGCACAAGAAUCCACAUCCUCUCAUGUCUUACAACAGGCAUUGAAAUCCAAAACCUCUACCACCCAAUUCCGACGACAGUUUGUUCCUCGAUUCCAGGGUCACUUGGUUGAACUUGCUCAGAGUAACAGUGGAUCUCACGUGGUCGACUGUCUCUGGGACGCCACCAAGGAUAUCCACUUCGUCAAGGAGCGAAUGGCACAGGAACUCGCGUCCAACGAGAUGCUUCUGCGUGAUUCUUUCAUUGGCCGUGCAGUGUGGCGCAACUGGUCAAUGGAUCUCUACAAGCGUCGCCGGGGUGAAUGGGUCGGUCGGGCCAAGGGCAUUGAGCAACCUACUUGGGUCGAUGGUCAGGCAUCUCAGGUGGAGCGACCAAAGUCAAAAAUUGAGCUGGCACGGGAGCGCUAUGCUGUGCAGCAGGGCAUCCAGGAUGUUAGAAAGGCUGCCUCUGCCGAGCAGGCUGCUAAUGCUGCUACCACUGCUGAGCAAGAGUAA